AUGUCCGAGACGAAGAUACCAGUGCAGGAUGCCGGUGCGGAGGUCGCUGCGGAGAUCGCUACGGACCCGACGUACGGAGUGGAUGAGAAGAAACUCCUGCGCAAGCUCGACUUGCAUAUCAUUCCUCUUGUGAUGCUACUUUGUCAGGUGAACAUUGGCAAUGCGCGUCUCUAUAGUAUGGAGGAAGACCUCGGAUUAGUAGGGAACCAGUUCCAAGUAGCUGUCUCUAUUUUCUACGUCACGUACUUGUUGUUCGAGGUCCCUUCAAACUUGGUGCUUAAGCCCUUGACUCCCUCGCGAUACAUCGCCUCCGUCGCGGUUGGCUGGGGCAUCAUAGCUACGUGCACAGGCUUCGUCCACAACUACGGCGCACUCAUUGCUAUACGACUGAUUCUAGGGGUCGUCGAAGCCGGACUCUUUCCGGGACUUAACGUCUACCUUACCUUCUUUUACACGAAGCGGGAACUUGCCUUGCGAGUCGGCUACCUCUUCGUCAGUGCGGCCAUCUCCGGUGCUUUGGGCGGACUAUUGGCUUAUGGCAUUGGUCAAAUGGCAGGCGUUGCCGGAUACAGCGGUUGGAGAUGGAUUUUUAUAAUCGAGGGUCUUCCUAGUAUUGUGAUAGGCGUUGCUGCUUUCUUUCUCCUCCCCAACGAUAUCGAUCAUGCGUAUUUCUUGACUCCCGAGGAGAAGAAGUUCGCCGAAGCGAGACAUCUGCGCCACUAUGGAGUCACAGAAAGCGCGCAAAAGUUUAGCAAGAAUGACAUGAUGGCCGCGUUUAAGGACUGGAAGAUCUGGCUGUUUUGUCUCGGCCAAUUUGGUGUCGAUACUAUGCUAUAUGGGUACUCGACAUUUUUGCCAACAAUUAUUCGCGGUCUUGGGGAGUGGUCGACAGCGCAGAUCCAGCUUCUCACUAUUCCGUGUUACUUCGUUGGGGCUAUGACCUAUAUGGGAAUUGCAUUCCUAUCGGACCGUAUGCAGAUGCGUGGCAUUUUUUGUGUUAUCUUUGGCGUCAUCAGCGUGGUUGGGUAUGGCGUUCUGCUCUCAGAUUCAUCCGCAGGCGUACAUUACUUUGGUUGCUUCCUCGUCGCUACGGGACUCUACGUUAUUGUUGGCCUGCCAUUGGCUUGGUUACCGAAUAACACACCACGGUACGGCAAGCGUACGACGGGUAACGGCAUGCAACUCACAACUGGAAAUACAGCAGGAAUUAUGUCAUCAUUUAUCUAUCCUAGCACGGCUGGCCCGCGUUAUAUCACAGGGAAUGCUGUUUCCCUGUCUCUUGUGGGAAUGGCCACCUGCUUGUUCGGUUUCUUGUGGUUCUGGUUUGCCCGGGAAAAUAGAAAACGGGAGGAGGGACCCCUUAAAUCUAUUCACGAGGGCUUAUCGGAAGAAGAACUCGCUGAGCUUGGAGAUGAAAGUCCGAGAUUUAAUUCUAUGAGCAUUUACAGUUUCUUGAUCGCAGUCCGAUCUGAUGGCCAGCAACUGACGAACGAGUCUGGUGACACGACAUCUCACCUGAUGGGAAUGUUCUACCGCACUUUACGAAUAGUCGAUAAUGGCAUCAAGCCCCUCUACGUGUUCGAUGGUGCACCGCCCAAGUUGAAGUCGGGUGAAUUAGCUCGUCGUUUCCAGCGAAAGGCAGAGGCGAAGGAGGGACUCGAAGAAGCUAAGGAGACAGGAACAGCUGAAGAUGUCGAGAAGUUCUCUCGCCGAACUGUUCGAGUCACGAAAGAACACAACGCCGAAUGCCAGCAAUUGUUGAAGUUAAUGGGCAUACCCUACAUCAUUGCCCCAACCGAAGCUGAAGCACAAUGCGCCACUCUUGCGAGAGCCGGAAAGGUCUACGCAGCGGCUAGUGAGGAUAUGGACACCCUGUGCUUUGACAGUCCAGUCUUGUUACGCCACUUGACCUUUAGCGAGCAGAGAAAGGAGCCUAUUCAAGAAAUCCACGUGGAUAAGGUCCUUGAGGGAUUGAACAUGGAUCGUAAGCAGUUCGUUGAUCUCUGCAUCUUGCUCGGCUGCGAUUACCUCGACCCCAUCCCCAAGAUCGGGCCUACCACUGCUCUGAAGCUGAUUCGCCAACAUGGUACACUUGAGAAGGUGGUCGAAUACAUCAAGAGUGACUCCAAGUAUACACUACCCGAGGACUGGCCUUUCGAGGAUGCCCGAGCCUUGUUCUUCGAACCGGACGUUCGCCAGGCGGACGACCCGCUGUGCGAUUUCAAGUGGGAGAAGCCAGAUAUCGAGGGACUCGUCAAGUUCCUGGCAGUUGACAAGGGCUUCAACGAGGACAGAGUCCGUGCUGGUGGCGCAAGAUUAGAGAAAGCCACCAAGAGCUCCCAACAGGCUCGAUUGGAAGGAUUCUUCAAGGUUAUUCCGAAGACGGACGAGGAGAAGGCCGUGCAUAAGCGAAAGCUGGAUGAGCAGAAUGAGGCCAAGAGAAAGAAGUUGAAGGAAGACAAGAAGGAGAAGGCCAAGGCCAAGGCGAAGCCUCGUGGAACAGCAUAA